AUUCACUAUAUCUGGUCUCACACAGUACACACAAUGUGGAAAUUAUUUAUUUUUUUCAAUUAUUUUACAGUUAGAACAGUCUUGUGAUUUCUAUCAGUAUCCAGCAGAGCACAUGUUGAAGCUUGUAGGAGGAGUUUUCUUUCUGCUCUAAGAGGAUGCAAAACCCCUGACCUCUGUCUGGACAGUGCUGAUUGGCCCUGUGCUGAUCACAUGCACUCUCUCAAGAAAAAAAAACCUCUCUAGCAAUACACACCAAAAUGAACAUGUGCAGAGUGUCUCCACACAUAUAUUCUUAUCAGGAAAUGAAAAGGGGACACUGGAAGAAGGGGAGGAUCAGAGAAGUCAAGAUCAAACAGCCUUUUUACACAAUACAAAGGAUUAAUCCCUUAGGUUCCACAGUGAGUAUAACAAGCAUAUUUUACUGCAUAUACAGACUGUGUUUACUGUUGUGGGUUUAG